UUUCAACACUCACUAACUCACUCACUCACUCUUUCCCCCUUUCUCUCUCUACGAGGACAUCAAUUUCCAGCUUAAUUUGGGCGGAAUCAAUCUCACCUGACUGGUUGAGAAAUAGAAAGUAUGCCUUAUAUUUUGCUGACAGAUGAUCAGCAUUUUCUUCUAUACCUGGUCAUGGGAGCCUAUUUUGCCCCGGAUCUCAAGGGAGGAAAUCCCCAAAAGUCUGCUUUGCAAAGGCAUGCUGAAGGCCUCGCACAAUACCUUGCAAAUGACUUAGCAGGCUCACAGAUAAACACUAGAGUAAUGGAGAAUGUGUAUUACUAUGUGCUGAGAAAAGCUGACCCAUCCGUUGUUGUUAAGCAGUCUAUGCUGCUUCAGUAUAUUCAUGGUAGUGUUCCGGCUGUAGUGGAAGGUUCUGAGACAUACCCUCAGUUUGACGAUCUCUUUCCUCCCAUGCUGCACCACCGAUCUCACAGUAGAGAUCAACAUGGCACCAUUGAUAACAUUGUCUUCGUAAGCAACCCCAAAAUGAAUUACCUAGAGCCAUGUGAUCUCGAAAGAUUUAAGAGGCUCACUGGGUUAGAAGAUUUCCAUCUGGAUUUGGAGAGUCUAGUUCCACACGAAACAGUGGAUGACAGGGCUUUAUGUAAUAACAAAGUGCAAGAGACAUCAGAGUUAGAUGGUACAAUGCCAAGCGACAAUGGUAAACAUCUGGAUUGCAUUCCGGGCACUGAGACAAGUCCUGAUGUGCUAUCGCAAGUCAAGGCUAGUUCUGGGGAAGAAAUCGAUCAGGGAAUGUUAUUCCUUCCUUCAUGCCCUACUAAGGAAGAAUGGAGCAACCUUGUUUCUUCAACUAACGGUGGUUUUGCUGUUACUGGAAGUGCUGCAAGAGGCCAUCUCGGACCAGUUCUAGGACUUAUCGACAUUGGGGAAGCAGAGGACUCCUAUCUGUUUCGUGUUUCUCUUCCCGGAGUAAAAAGGGAUGCAAAGGACUUUAGCUGUGAAGUUGAGAGUGAUGGCACGGUGAUCAUAAAAGGAGUGACAGUGACCGGUGAAAGAACAGUGGAGAAAUGGUCUCAAGUAUUUGAGAUGCGAAGUCAGAAUCUUUGCCCGCCUGGCCCCUUCUGCAUCUCUUUCAAGCUGCCUGGCCCAGUUGACCCUCAGCAAUUCCACGGGACUUUUGCCACAGACGGGAUUCUUGAGGGGAUAGCACUGAAAGCACUGAGAUACACUACCUAGAUUGACUUGUGUCUUCUCUCCUCAUCACUAGCUUCCGUAUAUAUGACUUGUGGAUUGCCAUUUUAGGAAGCCAUCAUUUCGCAGUCUUGGAUCAAUGUUUUAUGCCCCUACCCUAACCCAUAUCUUACUACAGCUUAGUAGUGUUGGACAAUCCUUGCUUGAAUCUUAUGUGACUGUGUCUGCAUUUCUUUUAGUUGUGGGGAUUUCAUAUUCUAAUGUACUGAAAACGGCAAUUAGUACAGUUGCAUCCCCAAAUUCUCUUAUUUUUCUUGGUAUGCGAUUCGUUUUCAAAGAUCA